AUGAAUAUGGUCUGGGGUAUUCAAACGAGUGCUGUGGUAUCGAUGCUCAUCACUGCAUGCCGGAUAUGUCUUGCUCCGGCCGUGGCGGAGGGUAUCGGCCAGCUGAAAUGGGUCUACUUUGAACAGCGCCCGCAAUGCCUGCUGGACUCGGAAAUCUUCGAUGAGACCGGUCGUGCCCUUUGGGGCGCAAGCGUGACUGCCACAGGAGCCCUGCUGGCCAUCUUGUCCCUCACCAUAGGCCCUUUCGCACAGCAGGUCCUCCACACGGAUGUCUUGCAGACUGACAUGCUCAGAGUGACUGCAAGGGCGGGGGCAGCACAUACGUUCAACUCAGGCUCCCAGAAAGCUUAUGUCUUUUGGUCCGACGACAACAAAAUUGGCACAGCAUGCGCAGAUACCCUGAUCGCGCGAGCAGCAUACAGUGACCUUUUCGCAUCGGACACAGAAACGAAUUUUCUCAUGUGCUUCUGGCCAUUGUACAUGGCCUGUGUCUACAAGUCAUGGGGAUUUUAG